GAAAAACGGGGAGAAAUGGGCGGGACGUUGUGUGUGUGUGGGUGUGUGUGUGUGUGUGUGUGCUUCAUCAAGUCUCUCUCGGGUUCGUUUUGUUCUCUCGACAUAGUGGAAAUUUUGGAGCGGUCUGAAGAUUUCACCACGUUUGUGGCUCCAGAUCCUAACCUGGGAAUACUGGAUGAGAGAUGGGAAUGCACUUUGGAUAGGAUGCCAGUCCAUCACAGGCACCAAACAAGAAUGGCAUUGACUGUGUCAAGUGACUUGUCUGUCAAUGUAACUACAGACCAGAAUGUUAUCAAAUUAACAGACAAACAGGAAGUACUGAAAAAAAGCAUACAGAAAGGAGAACCAAAAUCAAUAGGGAUUUCCCAGGUCAUGCUUGGAUUUCUGAUCAUCUCUUACUCUGUGCCACUGCUCUCUGCUAAACUCACAGAGGUUGUAAUUUUUGGCGUGCCAUGGUGGAGCGGCAUAUCUUUUGUCAUUGCAGGUGCUGUUGCUCUUGUAAUGGAAAAACAUAACAACAUUUCUUUGGUCUUUACAUGCAUGGUGUUCACAGUGUUGGCUGCAGUCAUCUCAGUCAUUGCAGUAAUCUUCUACAUCAUUGACAUUAUGAGGAACCCACAGUCUCUUUGCAAUAGAAACUCAGCAAAUACAUGUGAUGACGAGUAUUAUGUGACGAGACUCAGUGUAGAAGUGAAGUCAAUUCUCAUGUCCCUCAGCAUGGUGCAGACUGCUAUCUCCUCUGCUUUCGCAUUUAUUCUGUACAAAGAAAGGCAAAAUUAUAACAACUACCUGCUUGUGAAUUAAGGAUGUCCUGCAUACGGAAAAAAAAAUUGACGACUCUGGACUUCAAUCAACCAGUUUCCAUACAUCUUCAUUUUUUUUACAUAUUUCUAUCAUACAUGUCUUCACUUAUUCUUAGAUAUGUUGUAUUAUAUAAUGGACAGUAUGUAUUGAGAUGUAUUGGAAAGUUUGUUAACAUUUUAUAAAGUAGGCUACAUACAAUGAAUAUUUGAAAUUGCAUUACAGUUGCACUAAAACAAAGGUUUAGUGUUUUAGUACAUUUCAGCUGCAUACAGAGUUCUCGCCUACUCUUUUGCUAGUUUCCGCGAAUGUACAGUACAAGCUGUGUUGUGCCCAAUCUUGCAGCUGGUGGCCUUUAACCUUCCAAAAUUCUUCCACAAGCCCCUACAGAAUUUCUCUCUCAUAACAACAGAAUUACUCAGCUCUUCUGCUUCGUCUAUACCGGGAAACAGUCUGCAAUGUCUGUACAGUUACAUUGGCCCAGAAAUUCUUAUAUCCUCCAAAUUUAGAGAUGCCAAAAAAUGAAUGUGUACGUUCAGUUGUUAGCUACAGCACAUUUGUUUUGUGUUGAAUUUAUAUUAUAUUUUCUGAAUGUUGCAAUACAAAUAGGUUCAUUUAAUGCAUGUAUUAUGCUAUAUGUUGCCUUUUUAUUUAAAAAAAAGUCUAUAACAAUUGAAGCAAUUGUUUUCUUUUUUUCCUUUUCAUCCUGUCUGUCCUUUUUUGACUGUUCGCUCACAAAAUCUGCAAGAAUAGGAAAGUCUUAUUUCACCAGGUUCGAUUAAUUUGAUUAAAUCAAGUAAUUAAUUGGCACAUCAGGUAAUUAUUUUGAUUAAAAUGUUUAAUCAAUUGACAGUCCUUAUAUAUAUAUAUAUAAUUAGGCAACAUCCAUUUUAUAGUGUUAUUUCACCAAUGCCAGUACAUAAAUCAUUCCAUAAAGAAUAGUUGUAGUUGGUUCAUACUGCCUUGUUGGUCUCCUCAUUCACUCCUUUACAAAUGGUCAUUAAGUCUCUUCCGAACAGCACUGACUUGUACUGCAGUUGCUUGACAGUCUGCUUCCUCUUGAAGCCAUAAAGAAGUUCACCAGGUCAUAAGGUUCUCCUGUUCGAGUGGUUCUGCUAUGCCAGAUAUAGUUAGUAACUUGUUAGUAGAGCAGUUUACUCUGUUCUUGGCUUUGCUGCUCAGGAAUUUUCAUAUGGUGUUGUGGCUGUGUACAAAUGUAAGUAAUCUUAAUUUGGACUGUUUGAUAUAUGGUUUAAAUGAUUUUUUAUGCAAUUUAUUGUUGAUUUAAUUUAUCUUUGUUUAUCCAUAUUCCUUAUGUAUUUUUUUUAGAAACCAGUCUGAUGCACCUAUGGAUUGAUUUAUGUACUGACAUUGGUGAGAUAAAACUAUCAAAUGGA